CUUCAAAUAUAUGGUCAGUCACGUGAUCAUGCGGAAGUGCUAGCGAGCGAUCCAAACAGACAACAAGAUGGCAUCGCACCCGGGAGGAGGCGAUCAAGGCAAUAACAAAGACCAGAUACUGGAACUAGGAGCUGUUUUGUUGAAAGAUUUCAUUUACGAGCGGGUUCAGCGGCAUGCAGAUGGCAACACUGCUCUGACCAGGACACAGCUGGGAGCGGGAGAGCUGUGUGACCCGAACCACAAGAAGCUCGCCCAGUGCCUGCAGCAGAUCGGAGACGAGCUGGAUGGAAAUAUGGAGCUCCAAAGAAUGAUAAACAACUCUUCGCUCAGUCCCACAAAAGACAUGUUUAUGAGAGUUGCCAUUGAGAUCUUUUCAGAUGGAAAGUUCAACUGGGGCCGGGUGGUCGCACUGUUCUACUUUGCCUGUCGACUCGUCAUCAAAGCUCUUGUGACCCAAGUUCCUGAUAUCAUCAGAACAAUAAUCAACUGGACCAUGGACUACCUCCAGGAAAAUGUCAUCAACUGGAUCAGGGAGCAAGGUGGCUGGGAGGGUAUUCGAUCCCACUUCGGCACACCCACAUGGCAGACGGUGGGAGUUUUCUUGGCCGGCGUUCUCACCACUGUUUUGGUCAUUCGCAAGAUGUGAGGAGUUUGUGAAGAGCGGUCAUGUGAAAGAUGGGAAGCAGCAUGCCUGAGGGUCAUGGGGACAGAAACAAGAACAUGAAAGAACAUCUGAAGAAGUAAAGGCAGAGUGAACAAGUCAAACAGGAAGAGCUUGUAUUCGGACACGAAGAGCCACUCUUCGUUUCUGCCUCCUUUUUAGUUCCAAGGAAUGGGAGCUAGACUGAACACUGUCGCACCUAUAAUCCCUACGCCACGGAGGAAGUUGGCGGAAAAUGCCUAAAAUGGGGGGGGGGUUUGAGGUGGAGAGUUUGUAUGACUUGAACAGGGAAUGCAUUUUAGGUAAUUUAUUUUUUACUCGGUAUAGAAAAAAUGAAGUCACUGAAUUCUGUUAACUCCCCUGAAAGAUAUACGGAUUUAAGCGUUUAAAGGCAGUUUUCUUUUUUUGCAUUAUUUUUAAUUUUUGUUCCACUCAAAAUUGCUUUUCUUAUCUCCCCACUGUCUGAAUCCAUUUUCAUAUGUAUUUGUGUUAACUGGUGUGAAUCUGUAACGAUCUGCUGGCAAUGAACGGAAGGAAGAGAUAUUUUUUACAGACAAUUAUUCGAUUUACCAGGAAUAUGAUGUUGACGAAGACAAAUCACAUCUUCAAUAUUAUUUGGGCUCAAACAACCCAGAAUCAUUUCUCCCCUUGAAUGCACCACUCAACCUUAUUUUCAGUGGAUAACUUAAGUGCCACAACAGGGAUUUAUGUACAAAGUUAUGUUUACAUUCCACAUGAAUCAUCACAUGCUUUUUAAAAAAAAAAAAAAAAAAAAAAAAGCAAAA